AAUGUGUAAUUAAAAUUAUGUACGGAAGACUAAUCUCGAAACUCUCCGCGCCGCUUAUUUCUUUCUCUAGCUGCCGUCUCUUUGCCCCCAAACCCUCCCUCGCAUUGGUUUCACCGGAUCCAACUCCAUCUUCAAUCGUUCGAAGACCAGAGAGUUGCGUCUAUUUUCUCUGGCAGUUCUGGCUUUCUCUUUCUCUCUCUAGUAUUGGUUUAUUAGAGAGGAUAAGAAAUGGCCAAAAAGAAAGGAAAACGUACUGUUUCUAGCUCCUCCGUAAGUCCCAAUGCUGAUGUCCCUCCCAUUGCCUCUCCAAGUGAGAUAACCAUAUCCAAGUUGAAAAUGACUGUCAAAGAAACUGGGUAUUCUUUUGAGAGUGAAGAUAAGUAUGAAAAUACAAGCAAUGAAAUACUGCAUGAAGAAACUGCUGUAUCUGGUAUGAAGAAAGAAAAAUUUGCAAUAGCAAAAGAGAAGAAUAAAGGUGCCGCAAUGUCAGAAGAAGAAAAGCAUGAAGAAAAGUCUAUGGAUGUAGACCAAGAAUCAAAUAUAAUGGGGCAAAAAUGUGAUAAACAAAAUGAAAUAGGAGGAGUAGAUAAAGCAGAAGAAGAGGACGAGCAGGAAGAAGAAGAGGACGAGGAAAAUACAAAUGGAAAUUCAAAUAACAAAGAGAAUGUAAGGGCGGGUUCUUUGGAGAAAGUCAAAAGAUUAUGGAUGCGGCGCAAAAAGGAAGUGGCAUAUAUGGGUUCUGAGAUUGAGGCAACUAGAGCUGAAGAUAAGCUAGGUUCAUGGAGGAAUAAAAAGGCAUCAAAGAGGAUUGAAGGCAUGGGGAUGGUUUUUAUAUGCAACUCUGAGACGAAGAAGGAUUGCUAUCAUUACAAAGUUCUUGGUUUGCGCUCAAGCAAGAAAGAAAUAGUUCAAAAAGUUUAUAAAGGUAUGAGACUGUUUUUGUUUGAUGUUGAUCUAAGACUAAUGUAUGGAAUUUACAAAGCCAAAGGACCUGGGGGAUAUAAUCUUGAAUCGAAGGCUUUCAAGUCAGCAUUUCCAGCACAGGUUCGAUUUACUGUUCUUGAAGAUUGCUUGCCACUAUCAGAGCAGAAGUUCAGAAGAGUUAUUAAAGAUAACUACUACACAAGAAACAAGUUCAAUUGCCAGCUGACCUCAGAGCAGGUCGAAAACUUGUGCAAGCUUUUUACUGCUAACAGCAGAGGCUCCAAAUCUAAGAAAUCGGGCAGCAAUAUUAGAGCAGAAACCCGCUCAUUCAUAGACUGGGACCAAAGUGGGUAUCAAAAUCUGGAUAUAGGGAGGCGUCCCACUUUGGUUGCUGACGGGCUUCAUCAUGACCAACCUAUUAUAAUGGACCCUGCUGCAUUUACUGUGGUACUUCCUGAAACCCAUGCAUUUGUUGAGCCUCACAGAAUUGGGAGGCAGAGGCUAGAUGAAGGGAGGCGGCACUAUUCAUUGGUUGCGGACCCCCGGUACCAUGACCUUCACCGUAUGUACAAAUCGACACUAGCACCUCGAUCCCACCUCUCACCAUUACCUCCAUCGCCAGCUCCAUCAGAUGUUAACUCAUGGGAACAGCGUUUGGGGGGGAUUGACUCGGGGUCUUUAGAUUUGGAGCUAAGGCAGCAGGAUGAGAUUCGAAGCCGUGAUCCCUAUAACUCAUUCCGAGCAUCUUCAUACCACAAUGCUCUGUAUUCUCCAGGUGUUCCACAAGAAUAUGCUCCUCCGGGACGUCAGGCUGAGUACCGUUCUGCAGGUGUUCCAAGUAUAUAUAAUUUGCCCGGACUUCGAGCAGAGUACCGUGUUUCAGGUGUUAAAGAAUAUGAUCCUCCUGGACUUCGGGCAGACUACCGUUCUCCAGGUGUUCCGAUAGGAUAUGAUCCUCCUGGGCUUCGUGCUGAGUAUCGUCUUUCAGGCGUUCCAAAAGAAUUUGAUCGUCCUGGACUUCGGGCAGAGUAUCGUCUUUCAGGCGGCGUUCCAAAAGAAUUUGAUCCUCCUGGUCUUCGGGCGGAGUACCGUUAUGCUGGACCAUCAGGGUAUGCCCGAUCUGAUUGUGUUCCGUACCAAUACUAGAACUCGGUACCGUACUGUCAAAUGAUGGUGUGAUUCGGCAGCUCCUCUUGUAGUUGCUUCCUUUUGCCCUUAAAGAUGUUAAUGUGGCUAGUUCCCUUUUGGGCAUUUUCACAUCUAGAGCAGCUUUAGCUGAUCUUAUUCUCCUUUCCGAAUCGAACCUUUUGAUCUGAUGUUGUUUGGAAUGGUUGGUUGGUUGCACGGGAACUGCUCUGAGAUGUAUCGGAUUGGUUGGGUUUUGUUUGUUGGAUUUUCCUAUUGAACAAAUGAUGGCUAUUAACUAUUAAUUAAAUAUUUUUAUGUUUUAGUUAUGCUA